GUCAAUUUCAACCGGAAACACGUGCUGCGCCGCCUAAACGAAAACAAGCUGAUUGUAGCGAAGUUAUCUACAGGGAACAUAUCUUUGUCAUAGUCACCACUCGCCUUGUUCUUAACCACAAGAAUGCUUCGUAGUCUCAUAAGCCGGGUGGUUGCUCCCCUGUCACGUAGAGUUGGUCGUCGGUGCAUGGCUGAUUUCACUGGAAAUGCCAGUGAUAUGCAAGUAAUGCGUUUUGAAAAGAGUGUGAACCAGGUUAACCUACUUGGCCGCCUUGGUCGAGAUGCAGAGUUGAGGGGGUCAGCAGAACAUCCUGUUGUGGUUUUCUCCAUGGCAACCAAUUCUGUGUAUACAAAACAAGACGGUCAGACUGUGUCUCAUGUAGACUGGCACAGGGUCAGUGUGUUCAAGCCUGGACUCAGAGAAAAGGUCGCCAUUAACUUGAAGAAAGGUGACCGAGUAUUUGUGUCAGGAAUGUUGCGAUAUGAUGAAUAUGUGGAUUCAAAUGAAAAUGUCCAGAAAUCUUCAACAAUCCUUGCCUCGGACCUUGUGAAUCUGACAAAGAGGUACCUUGGUUCAGAAGAUUCAUAGACUGGGGGAGGACAUUAGCUCAACUGGAAAACAAGACAAGACUGAAACAUUUCACUGUAAUGUUUUAUUAUUACUGGGGGCUGGUGAUAAUAUGAUACUUAAAGAAUUUGAUUUUACAGGGGCACUGAUCUCUGACAAUUCUCUGGGACUGGCUGUUGCUGUUGUUAUUUGUUCUUUCCCCGUGACUGAAAUAUUGAGACAUUUUAUGAAUUGCCUUAGUGAAUCACAGUUACACUUUGACUGUAGCUUUUACUCACCUGAAAAUGAAAGGCUUGUGAAAACUCGUCUCUCAUUGAAGAACUCCCAACGAUAACAU